CCCAGCCGCCGCUGCGGAGCCCGCCGGGAGCCCCCGGAGCGCGGCCACGGCGCAGCUGCCGCCAUGGCCCAGACCCUGCAGAUGGAGAUCCCGAACUUCGGUAACAGCAUUCUGGAGUGUCUGAAUGAGCAGCGGCUACAGGGCCUGUACUGUGACGUGUCUGUGGUGGUCAAGGGCCAUGCCUUUAAAGCCCACCGGGCGGUGCUGGCCGCCAGCAGCUCCUACUUCCGGGACCUGUUCAACAGCAGCCGGAGCGCGGUGGUGGAGCUGCCGGCCGCCGUGCAGCCCCAGUCCUUCCAGCGGAUCCUCAGCUUCUGCUACACGGGCCGGUUGAGCAUGAAUGUGGGUGACCAGUUCCUGCUCAUGUACACGGCCGGCUUCCUACAGAUCCAGGAGAUCAUGGAGAAGGGCACUGAGUUCUUCCUCAAGGUGAGCUCCCCCAGCUGCGACUCGCAGGGUCUGCACGCCGAGGAGGCCCCAUCAUCCGAGCCCCAAAGCCCCGUGGCCCAGACAUCCAGCUGGCCGGCCUGUGGCACCCCGCUGCCCCUUGUGUCCCGCGUCAAGACGGAGCAGCAGGAGUCGGACUCCGUGCAGUGCACGCCGGUGGCCAAGCGGCUGUGGGACAGCGGCAGCAGUGGCGGUGGCAAUGGCAGCCGCAAGAUGGCCAAGUUCUCCACGCCGGACCUGGCUGCCAACCGGCCACCCCAGCAGGCCCCAGUGGUGGCAGCGGCGCAGCCAGCCGGGGUGGCGGUGGCGGCGGCUGCAGGGGCUAGCACUGGGCAGCCAGCGGGGGGGCCGGCGGCCACAGCGGCGGCAGCAGCAGCAGGGGGCGUGGUGAGUGGGCCCAGCACGUCAGAGCGGACCAGCCCGGGCACCUCAAGCGCCUACACCAGCGACAGCCCUGGUUCCUACCACAAUGAGGAGGACGAGGAGGAGGAUGCUGGCGAGGAGGGCACAGACGAGCAGUACCGGCAGAUCUGUAACAUGUACACCAUGUACAGCAUGAUGAAUGUCGGCCAGACAGCCGAGAAGGUGGAGGCCCUCCCUGAGCAGGUGGCCCCUGAGUCCCGGAAUCGCAUCCGGGUGCGGCAGGACCUGGCGUCUCUCCCGGCUGAGCUCAUCAACCAGAUUGGCAACCGCUGUCACCCCAAGCUCUACGAUGAGGGUGACCCCUCCGAGAAGCUGGAGCUGGUGACAGGCACCAAUGUGUACAUCACGAGGGCGCAGCUCAUGAACUGCCACGUCAGCGCGGGCACGCGGCACAAGGUCCUGCUGCGGCGCCUCCUGGCUUCCUUCUUUGACCGGAACACGCUGGCUAACAGCUGUGGCACCGGCAUCCGCUCUUCCUCCAACAACCCCAGUCGCAAACCGCUGGACAGUCGCGUCCUUCAUGCUGUCAAGUACUACUGCCAGAACUUCGCUCCCAACUUCAAGGAGAGCGAGAUGAACGCCAUCGCAGCUGACAUGUGCACCAAUGCCCGCCGUGUCGUGCGGAAGAGCUGGAUCCCCAAGCUCAAGGUGCUCAUGGCCGAGGGCGACGCCUACACCACCUUCAUCAGCGACACGGGCAAGAUAGAGCCGGACAUGAUGGGCGUGGAGCACAGCUUCGAGACGGCCAGCCACGACGGCGAGGCCGGCCCCUCGGCUGAGGCCCUCCAGUAACUACCACCGGACCCUCCCCGCGGGGCCGUCACACUCCCCCCACCCGCCCCAUCACACCCACCCACCAUCUUGGUCACGAGCUACUGUCUGUCCCUCCCCAGGACCCGCGGGGGGCGCUGCAUGCUCCCAGCCCCUCUGCCUCCUCAUCCCACCCUCCGAGCACCAUCCGAGUGGGCUAGGAGAGGGCGGCAGCCGGUGCGAGCUCCGCGCCGCCUCUCUAGCAUGCUCGGGCACCGCUGGGGAGCCUGCGCUCCCCCUCCCCUAACCUCCAGCAGUGGUCUCCCCACUCACCAGGCCAGGUAUGGGGAGGGGCCGGCCUGGGGGGCUCAGGAAGGCCCCUUCCCCAGGCCCGGGGCCCCAGGGUUCUCAGGACCCCUCCUGCCACCACCUCCCAGUGCUUCCAUGUUUCCAAAAGCGCCUUCCUGACUCCCUCGUCUGUCCCUGCACCUGGGGGCUGGGGUAGGCGAGGCGGAGGGGACUGCCCAUUUCACAGCUGAGGGAACCCAGGCUCAGAGGAACUCCACCAUUGACCUACGGUGGUGGGCGGUGGCGGGCCCGGCGCCCUUCUCCUCCCCCCCCAACCCUGCGCCCACCUCUCUUGCCCCCAUCUGUCCCCUGGGGCCUGAGAGGGGCAGGUCCCAAGUGGGGGGCUCUUGGAAGCAGGCCAGGGGUCUCUGCGAAUAGAAUGAGAGGUUUCCUGGGCUCGCAGAAGUGUGUGCGUGUGUGCGCGCGCGCGCGCGCGCGUGUGUGUGUGUGUGUGUGUGUGUGUGUGUGUGUAGACGUUUUUGCUUUUAAACAAAUGAAGAUAUGAGAGGCAGUAGGGCCAGGGCUGGAAGUCAGGGGAGCAGGCUGGGGGGCUGCUGCCCUUGCCCCCCUCCCCCACCCCAGCCCCCGGCCCCAGCCCCUGUACAUAAUUUUUAAAGCAUUUUUUUAGCUAAUGAAAUAUUGAAGUAUAAGAUUCCUUUUAUUUUUCAAACCAACGGGACUGUGUCUGAUGUCCCCUUCGGUCCUGGGGGACGUGACAGGCAGGACAUGGUGGGGGCUGGGGGCAGGGUGAAGGCGUGCGUGUGUAUGGAGUGUGGGUGCGCAGUUCUGAGGCUGGGACUCGGCCAGGCCUCUGCUUGGGCUCUGUGGGUCUGACCAGGACCCCCUUGCUCCGCUGCUCCCCAGCGGGGUUCCAUUUGAGGGGUGGCCCUGGCCUUAGCCCGUUGGCUGAGCCCAGCUUCUGGGGACAAGGCAGGGCCCGCUUCCAUUGUUAGCAGUUUGCAGAAUUUUCUCUAACCAUUCCUCUUUCUAUCCUCGCCCAGUGCGAGGGAUUUUUUUUUUUUUUUAAUUUUACAUGUGAACUUUGGAGAGUUCUUUUUUUUUUUUUUUUACUCCCUGUUCCCCCACACUGGGUGUCCUUUUUUUCACAAUUUUCACCUUUUCCUCUCUAGCCCUGUCCCCACUGCCUCUUGUCUCUUCCCAGAUCUGACCGGCCCAUUGCUCCCAUUGCUCCCAGCGGCCUUUCCAGAGGCCAGGGGGAUUGUAGGAAGUGGGGAGAGGGGGGUGGCGGCCAGCCCUGACUGGACCCUUGGAAUCUGACUUGGAGGCCUCCCCCACCACCCAGGAGCCCCCACCGAUCUGCAAGGGGGUCGCUCCUGACAACUUGUUGUGGGGAUGUGGGGGUGUCUGGUCUGGCCAGUGUCCUGGCACCCUGCUUUCCUGGCCUGGCCCCCGCACCUUAGCCCUCAGCCGGCCCAGUGUAUGGGGGGAGUCGACGCCCCAGCUAAAGCACAAGCACCUUAGUCGCACCUCCCCCACGCCCUUGUCCUGGCCUUGACAUCCUACCCCAGCAUCGAUCCCAAAGCACAAUAUCCUGGUCACUUGGCAAGCUGCCGGGCCGGCCAAGGCCGAGGGGCCGGCUGGGGCUCCAGCCAGACCCCACAAGGAAGGAGUCCUAGGCGCUGCCCUCCUUCCAGGCCUUAGCAGGGGCCAGCUCUCUGGGACUGGGGUCUUUUCCCUCCCUAGCCCUUUGUCCUGGAUAGGCCCCUGCCCAGCCCCUCCCUGCCUUGUCCCCGGGUGGGGCUUGCCCGUGUCCCUCCUCCGAGCCCCUGCAGCACUGGGUUGGGUGGGAGAGCCCCCUCAUUUCAGGGACCCCAGGAGGUGCCCCUGGCCCCGGGGACUGUGAGUUGGGGGGAGAGGGAGGGAAGGGGGGGUGGCAGGGGUGCAGGGGAGGAAACUCCUCACCAGGAGAGCCAAAGACAGGGUUGUGCCUUACCCCAGGAGCCACCCCUGCGUCCCUCCCACCCUGCCCUCCCCACCUCCUGGGCGGCCUGCUGCUUUUCCUUCUCUCCCCACCCCUGCCCUGCCCUGCUCUGAGCUGCAUGGUCCCCCCAACCCCGGGCAGCCCAGGGAGGAGCACGAAUGGAGAAUCACCAACCAACGCAAAAAAAAAAAAAAAAAGACUGUGGGGGCCCCCCCCUUCACCUCCCCUGGCCGCCCACUCACCCGCCUCUUUCACGCAGGACAGACCGCCCGCCCUGUCCGUGUGAAGUGCCAACGGCCUCCCCGCCCUGGGCCGACCCCCCACUCCCCGGGCCCGUAAGUGAGA